GACUACGACAUCCAGACUAAGAAGAUCUUCGGCCCGAUGCAGGUGUGCAAACACGGGUCAGGGGAGGGCAUGUUGAGCAUGGUCGCCAAGCAGAUCGGCGACGUUUACCUCUUGAAGAUGCUGGGCCUCAAGACGGACUUGUUCUGCCUGCUCCAGAGCGGCCG